CUGCCUUUGGUUUCGUUUUAGAAUAAUACAGACUGGCUGCAGUGAAAUGCAGUCUACGGCAAGAGUUGGUGCUGAUGGAGUCUGACCAUGGAUGAGGAGGUUGACCCUCAAGACGAAAAUGUGAACUCCGUCUUGGCUCAAGAAUCCUCAGAACUGUUCGGCAUUCUUAGCAGUCAGUCUCCCACAGUCAUAAUGAAGCUGUGCCAAAUGAUGCCCAGUGAAGCUGGGUGGCAGAACCAGCUGCCCCCUGCUAGCCCCGUCAAAGCCAUGUUGGAUUACUUCAUGGCGGCGAGGGCUGAAGAUUGCCGCAACUUCCUUCAGAGUGUGUGUAUCUUGUGUGAGAACAUCCCCAUGCAUCUGGAGUCGAGGCUCAUGUCAGUGGCUGGAUAUGCAAGCAGUGAAUGUGAAAAUUCAAGCCCCAGUGUAAAUGAUCAGAUCUCAUCAUCGCUACCUGAGCAGCAGUUGAUGAAACGUCCACGGAUUGAUUACUGGGGUCAGUACAUUACUGCAGUGAGGAGUUUGCUGCGGAGGAGAUGGGAGCGACUGACAGAGCGGCUGGUCAAGGACGUCCAGCUGGAGAAUGUGUGGGUUAACCUAAGAACUACAAACAGAAUCAGGGAAAGGCCUGAUCAAACCCCUGGGUCAGCAGACAGAGGGAGCACAACACCGGAUCCUUAUGGGGAUUAUGGGUGUUUGGAGUCCAGGCUGACUUUGGAGACCUUCCUCCAGGGAUGUGCAGGAAAAGUGACAGUUCUCGUCGGCCAGGCUGGGUCAGGAAAAACUAUGCUAAUGUCUUGGCUAGGACAGCAGUGGGCAAAUGAACUAGGUUGUAUCCCUUCGUCCUACUUGUUUGUCCUGCUAGAGUUUCGUCAGCUCAAUCUACUGUCCCACCCUCUUUCCCUGGCUGAGCUGCUGCUCCAACAUUACCUCCCUCCAAAUGGUUGCAGCGAUGCAAAGAAAGCAAUUGUGGACUACCUCCUUUCCAAUCCAGAGCAAAGCUGUUGGGUUCUAGAUGGCUAUGAUGAGUUUCACGGUAAACUCAACAGACAGGAGAUGCAGCGAGAACCGUUGGACUUGGAAAACCCUCUGCCUGUUGCAGACCUCAUCUCAGGGUUGUUAAAUCGUCAGCUUCUCAAAGGAUGCACCGUGCUGGUCACCUGUCGUGUUCGGGAUGCUGUGGAUUUGGACGGCAUAUCAGAUAAAGUGGGCCAGCUGCUGGAGUGGGGCCUCCAUGAGAUCAAGGAGUACGUGGACAAGUUCUUUGGUGUAAAAGGUCACUCUGGAGACAGAGCUCUUGGAGUGCAAGCAGCGAAUCUCCUUCUUUCCAAUCGACACCUCCUUGCCAUGUCUUCCCUCCCUGCCCUCUGCAACAUCUGCUGCAUCUGUCUGGAACAUUUACUGCUGAAAGGCACACAGGUCCCAGGGGAAGGAAGUGGGGAAGAGGGUAGUAGAGGAGAGAGACAUGCACACAGUGAACAAGGUGGAACGAGAGAAGGCAGUGAGGAUGUAUCAAUGGAUGGAACAAAUGGCAACACUCAGCUACCUCCCACGCUAGCACAAAUCCCUGCCACCCUCACCCAGGUCUACCUCACUGUUCUCAGUGCGUUUCUCAGCCGUGACUCCAACCCAGGAGGAAGAGGUGACAGGCCAAAGGCUGAGAGUUUUCCUCAGAGUACUAUGCAUUCACAAAUUACUCAGUAUCGAUCCAAAUUGUGCGAGUUGAGUCGGCUGGCGUGGAGAGGCUUAGAGGAAAGCAAGAUCCUCUUUGAAGAAGAAGACAUUCCUCAAGAUGUUCUAGAGUUUUCAGUCAGGACAGGGCUCUUCUCGCAGGUGGAGCUCAGGGGUCAGGAUGGGAUGCUUGUCAAUGCCUACUGCUUCAUUCAUCUGACAGUGCAGGAGUUUUUGGCUGCGCUUAGACUCAUGACGAGUGAUGAAGUUAGUGAUGCACAGCUCAAGAAGAGAUUCAGUCUGAAAACCCGUUGGACAACCAAAUCAGACCAGAAGACGGUCUUCACUGACUCCCUGUACCUGUAUGUAUGUGGUUUGGCUUCCCCUCAAUGCACUACAGCCCUGGUCCAAUUAGCCAGGGCCUCUGGUGGAACAGGCGUCCAAAGUUGGGUCCAGAAACGACAAGCUGUGGUUCUGAAAAUGCUAAACACCCUGUGUCAAAGCAACACUCUAACUGGGCCAAAGAUACUGGAGCUUUGCCACUGUGUCCAGGAGAGCCAAGACCUCCAUCUGGCCAAGCAGGUUGUGGGUGCAAGACCCACCCUGGAGCUGCGCAACAUCAGGCUAUUACCGAAUGAUAUUGAGGCUCUUGCUUUUGUAGUUAAUGCAGGAGCUACUGGCAUCGGUUUGGACUUUGGAGCAUGUUCAAUGGAGCUGGAGUGUUUAGAUGUCCUGUCCAGGUGCCAGUACAUUCAUUGCCUCAGUUUUCGAAGCCGCAAGUAUGGUGACAAGUUUGCCGAGAAGCUGGUCUCCGUUUUGCCUCAAUUCACAGCCCUGAGAAAACUAGAGUUUUGUGGUGCCAGUCUGACUGCUACGGGAGCAGCUAGUUUGGCAUCAGGUCUCCGGGAGUGUCCUGACAUCACCGAAAUCAAUCUAAGUGACAACAAUCUGAAAGACCAAGGAAUCAGGCACAUAGCUGAGAUUUUUAUCAGACUGCAAAAACUGGUCUCUGUCAUGCUGGGACGAAACAACACCUCUCUGAAAGCAGUGGUCUAUCUCAUUGAGCAAAUGUCUUCGUGUUUGAACAUCCAGCAUGUUCAUGCAGAUGGGAUGAAAGAAGUGGCAGUAACUUUUUCCCCAAACACAGACAUGACCAACCAUAAAACCAAACCUGAACCAACAAUCAGCUUGUUGAAUCAAGAUUGGAGCAAGCCUGAGAUGCGAAAACUUGCCCAAACAUUGGCUCGCUGCCCUUCCCUGUCCAUCCUGGAUCUGUCUGGAGGCCAAUGGGAUGAGCAAACUCUAAAGACGCUGAUUCAGUUGGUGCCAGAGUUCAGCGUCACAGAGAAAAUCAUCUUGAAUGACAGCUGCUCCUCAGUGGAGAGUUUGGUGAUUCUGACUUCUCUGUUGUCUCAUUGUCCUCCUAUGGUUGAGCUUCACAUCAGACUGCAGAGUCCUGUUCAGGUGUCUAUAGUCUUCGCUGGAAGGAGUGAAAAACCCGCAGAUGAAGUGUCUAAAACGCUCUGUCUCAGCUGCUGUAAUCUGCUGCCUGCUAACCUGGAAAGAGUGUGGAAAAGUUUGGGAACCUCGUCUGGUCUCACCGUGUUGGAUUUGUGCAGUAACAGUUUAGGAAACAGAGGUCUGAGGAAGCUGUUGGAUGUCCUGCCUCGUCUUAGCAACAUCCAGGAAAUUAAUGCCAGCAACAAUGGCAUCAGCAUGGAGGGAGUGGUGAUGCUGGCUGAUUCUUUAUCCUCCCAUAACAGCUUAACACAAAUUCUCAUCAGUGACGGCGGCAAAGACCAGGUGAUUCUAAAGUUCUGCCCUUACAAAAGUGAUGACAAAGAGCAGUUGAAGAUGUUCAGGAUAAGGAACAGCAGCCUCCUACCUGCUAAUGUAACUGCUGUGUGUUCAAGACUGGUCCAGUGUGCCUCCCAUUUGGAGUUAGAGUUCUCUCACUGCUCACUGACAGACAGGGCCCUCGGGAAUCUGCUGAAAGUGUUGCCAAAGAUGACGUCGCUGCAGAGACUAAAUGUCAGCCACAGCAUCACAUCCGAAACUGAUGCACUGAUAUUAGUCAGUUGCUUGAAUGACAAUCGGCGAGUCACAUCCGUGGAGCUCAGGUCUCAGAGUGAUUCCUUCAUCUGUUUUGGAGGAGUGAAAGCAGAACAAGUGAGCUGCAGGUUAACACAUUUUUGCCUGAAUGGUGACAACUUGGACAGACUGCUUAAGAUUCUGCAGCAGGGGCCCCAACUGUCUGAUCUGAAUUUAUCAAGUAACCAACUGGAAGAUGAAGGAUUGAAGUGUUUGGUGGAUUCUCUACCAAGCCUUAAAAUCAGCAGCUAUGUCAAUCUCAGUAACAAUAGACUGACCCAGCAGGGGCUGUUGGAUGUAGCCAGCACACUGGUUACCUGCACUGAUGUCUCUUCUGUGGAAGUCAGUUUGGGAGAAGAGGAGCGCUGUCUCAUCUGGUUCAGACAAGAUGGAGGUUGUGGAAAGAGUCUGAGUGUCAGAGAAAGCAGUUUGCAGCGUGACCAUCUGGUCAGAUUAGCAGAGAUUGUGCCCAACUGUCACAGUUUGACCAAACUGGAGUUCAAAAACAAUUUGCUGGAGUCAGAGUGGAUUGAAGACUUUGUGAAGCUGUUGAACUGCAGUGAGAGAGGAUGCAUUGUCAGUAUUGAGGAAUCUUGGAUUCGAGCUGAGGCAGCUGCGUGUUUGUUGUGUCGCUGUUUGGACCUCAAUAGCAACAUUCAAACUAUCAGUGUUCACCAAACCACGCUACACCUUUCUCUGAUUAGGUCUGCUGAGCUGACAUCAGUCAGUGGUGAUGCUGCAGUUCCAGCUCAGUCAUUGGCCGUAAAGGAAAUAGGCCUUCGAGACUGUGCAGUUAAUGGGUACCAGCUUGCAUCGAUGGAGAGCAUCAUCCAGAGAUGUCCUUUACUGACACAUUUGGAUGUUUCCCACAACAACCUGGGUCUAGUGGGAGCUGAGUUUCUCGCUUCUUCUCUGCCAUUGUUGCCAAAUCUCACUUCGCUCAGUGUUGAAUCCAAAGACAGAGUUAACACUUUGACUGAGGAGUUCUUACAGGCUUUCCUGCAGUCUGCAUCCAUUCUGCACUUGAAUCUUUCGGGUCACAUGAUCACCAGCACAGCAGCUGAGAAUAUGACCAGAUUUUUGCCUCGUCUACGAUCACUCAAUCUGUCCCAUUGUGUGUGGUUAGUGGCUGAAGGGCUGCAGCUCAUGGAAACGCUGAGACAGUGUGUCAGUCUGGAACACCUUUGUCUGAACUGUGUGCAGCUGAAUGAGGAGAGCAGCACGUGUCUGGCACAAGCACUAAGGAACACCCCCUUUAUACGCACUCUCAGGCUGAACAAGAUUGUCACAGCACAAUCAGAGGCUAACAGUGUGCUGGAUCUCCUGGCUGCUAUGGACGGACUCACACAAAUACAGGAGAUAGAACUGGACGGCUGGAGGAUGGCGGAUGGCGGAAUAGAACAGCUGACCAGACUUCUUCCUCUCUGGAAAGAGCUCAGGAAAAUCAGUCUUUCAGAGAACCUUGUCAGUGACCAAUCAGGAGAGAAGCUGCUCGAGGCUCUGAGGAGCUGCAGUCACCUGGAGGAGCUGCAUCUGUCCAGAAACAGUCUUGGCGACCUCACUGCUGCUAAAAUGGCUCUUGUUCUUCCAUCGCUGACACACCUCAGUGUGUUAGAUAUUUCAGAGAACCGUAUUGGAUUUGAGGGCUCGGUUCGUCUGUCAGAAGCAAUAAUACACAUGAAGAACCUCAGCAAGAUUCAUUUGACCUCUGUUGGGACGCCACAGCUGUGUGCUGUCGCUGCCAGUCUGACCCACUGUCCCCUCAUACAGGAUGUGGGUCUGGGAUGGAAUCAUUGUGGUGAUGAUGUGGCACUGGAGCUGGCCAAAGUUUUGCCUUUCUGUCACAAGCUCAACCGGAUAGACCUGGAGUCCAACAGUGUGAGCGUUAGUGGGGCGGAGGCUCUGCUGAAAGCCUUACAGUCCUGCCCUGCGCUACACCUCAUCAGAUUGUGGAGGAACAACAUGUCGCAGAGUGAUGCCCACAGGCUCAGUCAGACGGACAGGAGGCUGAAUUUCUCCCCCACAUAAGUUGAUCCGUCCUGCUGGAUGGAGCAGAAGCACCAUUCCAGUUCAUCAGCAUCCGCAGAGGUGAAUCACAGCAGCAGCACAGAAUGUCUUUAGACACACACUGAAUUAAUUUAUCUGCACCUGCAUGAGUGUUUUCGUGCAAGAUUCCAAAUUCCUAC